CAGACGCCAACGAACCGGGUUGACUGUUAUCUCUCUCUAACCAAACAUCCCACCAUCCUCUUCCUCUUCACCGAGUCCAACUAAAACGAUUUCCUAAUCACCGAUUCGUCGUGAACCUCUCAUGGCUUCGGAGCAGUGCGGCGCCGUUUUCGAGGUAUCUCAGGACGACGACUAGGAACCUUCUUCCUCCGAUAACGAGAUCGAUGAAACGACGACGUCCUUAACGAUAACGAAGACGUUUUGAACGAUGAAGACGUCGAGUUAUUGUUAGAGGAAGAAGAUGACAUAAAUUCCCCUUCUUUACUCCCUUAACCUAUCCCUUCCAAGUAUCCUUCGCCUCAGUCCCUUUCGUACAACUUGAAUGUUGCAUGUGUUUUUUCAACAACUUUAAUUUUCCUUUUCCUGUUCCUUUGUAACUCUUUAUUUUUUAUUUUCUCCACCACGAGUCUUAUUUAAUAUUUAAUAAUGUAUAUUACAUAUAAUUAUUCAUUCCUAUAUGAUUACGUGAAGAACCUCUCCUAUCUUUCUCUCUGUCACAUUUUAUCUUCUUCUCUUUUUCCCAUUUUCUGUUGACUACCCCCAUUUGCCUUUCAUCAAUCCUGUUUUUCAAUUUUCUUCUCUUUUUUUUCUUUUAUCAUGGAAGAGGCAAAGGUGUUGGAAGCUAAAGAAGGAACCAUUUCCGUUGCCUCUGCUUCUCCUGGUCAUCAAGAAGCUGUACAGGAUAGAGAUAACAAAUUCUUAACACAAGCAAUUGGAGAAGCAUAUAAAGGGGUUGAAUGUAAAGAUGGAAGGCCGUUUGGUGCAGUUGUCGUUCGCGAUGACGAAGUCAUUGUAAGUUGCCACAACAUGGUUUUGAGAAACACUGACCCUACUGCACAUGCAGAGGUUACUGCUAUUAGAGAGACAUGCAAGAAACUGAAUCGGAUUGAGCUCUCAGACUGUGAAAUGUAUGCUUCAUGCGAGCCUUGCCCAAUGUGCUUCGGUGCUAUCCAUCUGUCAAGAAUCAAGAAGCUGGUUUAUGGAGCGAAAGCAGAGGCAGCGGUAGCAAUAGGAUUUGAUAGUUUCAUUGCGGAUGCAUUGAGAGGUACUGGGUUUUACCAGAACGCUAACCUGGAGAUCAAGCAAGCCGAUGGAACAGUUGCUGUCAUUGCAGAACAAGUAUUUGAGAAGACCAAGGAAAAGUUCACCUUGUAUUAAUUUCUCUUUCAUUACUAGAAACACAGUUUGAAGUUUAUGUUAAGACUGCCCCCUCUUUGAAGUUAUCAAUAAGUAACGCACUGUUUGAUUUCAGAAAAUGAAGAAA